UUGUGGGAUCGAGUGAAAGACGAGGGGGAGGUUGGGGGUGAUGUGUAGUUAGUGUGUGUGCGUGUCCGCGUGUGUGUGUGUGCGCGCUUGCCUUUGUGUGUGUGUGUGUGUGUGUGUGUGUGUGUGCUUACGCGCGCGCGCGCGCGCGCACGCGAGAGAUUCUUGCGUUCCGCCAGCUACAGCCAGAGAAGGACGUCUGCCUUUCCCUCUUUAUCUGAGCAGCUUCAGGCAGCUGGAGGCUUCUCCUCAACGGAAUUUGAGAGCUCUGGGCCUGUGGAGGUUCCGCCGUGUUUUUCUGGGUUGGAUAUGUUCAUGUUCACGUGAAGAUGGAUUUAAUUUACAGUCUCCUGUGGAUGCUGACAGUUCUCCUGGAGGAGAUCUUUGGCCAAGGAGUGUAUGCUCCUCCCACUGUGCGUAUUGUGCACUCAGGCUUGGCAUGUAAUAUUGAGGAGGAACGUUAUUCAGAGAGAGUCUACACUAUCCGAGAGGGAGAAACUUUGGAACUGACUUGCCUGGUGACAGGCCAUCCACGGCCACAGAUCAGGUGGACCAAAACAGCAGGAAGUGCCUCUGACAGAUUUCAAGAUUCAAGUGUCUUCAAUGAGACUUUGAGGAUUUCAAAUAUUCAGAGACACCAAGGAGGCCGAUACUACUGUAAAGCAGAAAAUGGCUUGGGAUCCCCAGCAAUAAAGUCAAUUAGAGUGGAUGUGUAUUAUUUGGAUGAUCCAGUAGUAACUGUUCAUCAAAGUAUUGGUGAAGCUAAAGAACAAUUUUACUAUGAGAGGACGGUGUUCCUUCGAUGUGUUGCCAAUUCCAAUCCACCUGUUCGGUAUAGCUGGAGACGUGGCCAGGAAGUCUUACUGCAAGGAUCUGAUAAAGGAGUUGAAAUUUAUGAGCCCUUCUUUACUCAGUCUCCCUAUCUUCUGUAUUUCUAGGGUGAAACAAAAAUCUUAAAGCUAAAGAAUCUUCGACCUCAGGACUAUGCUAAUUACAGCUGUAUUGCUUCAGUGAGGAGUGUAUGUAAUAUUCCUGAUAAGAUGGUGUCGUUUAAACUCUCCAAUAAAACAGCUUCUCCAUCAAUUAAACUCUUGGUCGAUGAUCCCAUAGUUGUAAAUCCUGGAGAGGCGAUAACUUUAGUAUGUGUUACAACAGGAGGUGAACCUACCCCUACCCUUACAUGGGUGAGAUCCUUUGGAAUUCUUCCUGAAAAGACUGUGCUAAAUGGAGGAACUUUAACAAUUCCUGCCAUCAUAUCAGAUGAUGCUGGUACUUAUAGCUGUGUUGCCAACAACAAUGUGGGAAAUCCAGCCAAAAAAUCCAUUAACAUCAUAGUGAGAGCAUUAAAAAAAGGACGGUUUUGGAUUACACCGGAUCCUUAUCACAAAGAUGACACCAUCCAGAUUGGACGUGAGGUGAAAAUAUCUUGCCAAGUAGAAGCUAUUCCUUCUGAGGAGUUAACUUUUAGUUGGUUUAAAAAUGGACGUCCCUUAAGAAGUUCUGAGCGGAUGGUUAUAACACAGACUGAUCCUGAUGUUUCCCCUGGAACGACAAACUUGGACAUCAUUGAUUUGAAAUUUACUGACUUUGGAACAUACACAUGUGUAGCAUCCCUAAAAGGAGGAGGCAUAUCAGAUAUAAGUAUUGAUGUUAACAUAUCCAGCAGCACAGUUCCACCCAAUUUGACUGUUCCUCAGGAAAAAUCACCUUUGGUAACCAGAGAAGGGGAUACCAUAGAACUACAGUGCCAAGUAACUGGAAAACCUAAACCCAUUAUCCUCUGGACUAGAGCGGACAAAGAAGUUGCUAUGCCAGAUGGGUCAAUGCAAAUGGAAAGUUAUGAUGGAACACUGAGAAUUGUGAAUGUGUCCAGAGAGAUGUCAGGAAUGUACAGAUGUCAGACUAGCCAGUACAAUGGAUUUAAUGUAACACCAAGGGAAGCAUUGGUACAGCUCAUUGUACAAUAUCCUCCUGCUGUGGAACCACCAUUCCUGGAAAUAAGACAAGGACAAGAUAGAAGUGUCACAAUGAGUUGCAGAGUACUGAGAGCCUAUCCUAUCCGGGUGCUGACCUAUGAGUGGCGCCUAGGCAAUAAGUUAUUACGGAUGGGUCAAUUUGAUUCACAAGAGUACACAGAGUACACACUGAAGGAUCUAUCCAAUGAAAACUAUGGUAUUUACAAUUGUAACAUUAUAAAUGAAGCUGGAGCUGGAAGAUGCAGCUAUCUUGUUACAGGCAAGGCUUAUGCUCCCGAAUUCUAUUAUGACACCUAUAAUCCUGUGUGGCAAAACAGACAUCGAGUAUAUUCCUAUAGUCUACAGUGGACUCAAAUGAAUCCUGAUGCCGUGGACCGCAUUGUUGCUUAUCGCUUGGGUAUAAGGCAGGCUGGACAGCAACGUUGGUGGGAGCAGGAGAUUAAAAUAAGUGGGAACAUACAAAAAGGAGAACUCAUUACCUAUAAUCUGACUGAGUUGAUAAAGCCAGAGUCCUAUGAAGUUCGUCUGACUCCUCUUACCAAAUUUGGUGAGGGAGAUUCAACCAUUCGUAUCAUCAAAUAUAGUGCUCCUGUAAAUCCUCAUUUGCGUGAGUUUCACUGUGGAUUUGAAGAUGGUAACAUUUGUUUGUUCACUCAAGAUGAUACAGAUAAUUUUGACUGGACAAAGCAAAGUACUGCAACUAGAAAUACAAAGUAUACCCCCAAUACUGGGCCUAAUGCAGAUCGCACUGGAUCCAAAGAAGGUUAUUAUAUGUAUAUUGAGACCUCUCGGCCCAGAUUAGAAGGAGAAAAAGCCAGAUUACUAAGUCCUGUUUUCAGCAUAGCCCCCAAAAAUCCUUAUGGAGCCACAAAUACUGCAUAUUGUUUCAGCUUCUUUUAUCACAUGUAUGGACAACAUAUAGGUGUUUUAAAUGUUUAUCUACGUUUAAAAGGCCAAACUACAAUAGAAAAUCCAUUAUGGUCUUCAAGUGGAAAUAAAGGACAGCACUGGAAUGAGGCCCAUGUUAAUAUAUACCCAAUAACUUCAUUUCAGCUCAUCUUUGAAGGUAUUCGAGGUCCUGGCAUAGAAGGUGAUAUUGCCAUUGAUGAUGUAUCAAUUUCAGAAGGAGAAUGUGCAAAACAAGAUCUAACUACAAAAAAUUCAGUUGAUGGUGCUGGUGGCAUUUUAGUACAUAUAUGGCUUUUCCCAGCUGUCGUCCUCAUCUCUAUCUUAAAUCCUCGAAGGUGACCUUAUCCUGGCAGAGGCUAUAAAAGAUUCACCAAGCACUGACAUGAAGAAAGAGUCUUUGUAAAUGGACAUUUAAAAACAAACUACCAAAGAUUCCUCCACUGACUACAGACUCCAAAACAAAACAAAUAGCACUGGGGAUAAAAAAAUAAAAAAAUAAAUAAAAAAAAAAAACAUCAUGGGAGCAUAACUUAUUCCAAACUACAUAUGAAAGGUGAUCUUGACAUGAAUAAAGAAGAGACCUACCUUCAGGGGCUCUCCUGGCUAAUAAUACAGUUUCAUCUGGUUAAACUCUGGGAAAAAAGAGCUAUAGAAAGAAAUCCUUGUCAAAGCACAAAGUUAUGACUGGUUUUGUUUCAAAAGAAUAGUUUGCUUGUUACCUUGGAAACAUAAUGGCCUGCCAACAAAAACCUCACAGUAAACAGGGUAUGUGAAGAGCUGGCAUUUAUUUUCCCUUCAAGAAGGUUUUCAGUAGAGAAUUACCUAAAUGUAGGCCCUUUUGCCUUUGGCUGUUACUUUUUCUUGAAAAUAAUCCUAACUCAGAGCUUUUAAAGACAUUCAUGUCCUCUCCCCAUCCUUUUUCCCCCACCCCCAUGGCUAAGCUAGAUAACUGUAUGGUGUCUCUUUUUGCAUGCAUUAUUAUCCAGGAUAUGAAACCUGGGCUUACAUGUUACACAGGCUUAUCAGAAUUUGCUUGCGGCCACUUGAACAUCCCAACUAAGUCAUCUGUUCUAAUGAAGAAACCAAACCACUAUCUUUUAUAAAAAUUGCCAUGGAAACCAAGUGCCUUCAAUGAAACAAGCCUGAAAAUUUUUCAACACAGAAGCUUGCACUGCUAAGUGUGGUUUGUGUAAAACUUUUAUAAACAAACUACAGAGGCUAAAUGUAAUUAGAGGCAAGAAAACAAAGCCAGUUCUGGAGAAGGAAGAACCUAAGUUGCUUCGUAAGCCCUUUCAGAUGAGAUAUUUGUUUAACCAACUAGACAGCCAUGGCCUUUCAGCUUAUUAUCCAUUAGAAAAUAGCUUCCACUGAUACUGGACAUGGGAACAACACUCCCCACCCUCCCUUUAUUAAGUGGAUCAAUCAGAGCAAAAAAAAUUGUCAUUUAGAGAAUUAGGUGGUAAAAUACAAAAGUGAUUUCAUUAAUGUCCACUUGAAAUGAAGAUGGCCCUAAUUUUCAAAGUCCUAGUUUGUUGAUUGAGGGAAAAGGAAAGUGUUUGUGAUCACAGUAUAUAGAAACUCUACAGCAACAUUGAAACUGAAAAAAAAAUCUGUCUUUAUUUUAAUUCCUGAGGGUAAUAUGCCUCUGCCCUUUAGUCAGACUCUGUGAAGAUUGUGAAAUAGUAUUUUAUUAUUUUAUCAACAUUUAAAACAACACACAAAUACUUUUACAAAAAAAAAGAAAUCUGUAAAAAUGAUUUUGAGCUACCUGAGGACAAACCAUUACCUUUAACCAGCCAGUUUUCCUAUGUAUUGUAAAUUUCCCUUAUACUUAGUGGUUAUAAAAUUUGAUGACCUGUUUCCUUAAGUUAUUUCAGCUUUUAACUUCAUUUAAAAAGACUUUUGUCUAAAGAAGAAUAUUGUCAUCAUUAUUAUUGUUAUCAUUAAUAUAUAUUGAUAAUACCCCAGGGUUAAAAACUGAUUAUGCAAAUAAUUGGGAUAUACAUAUUAAGAUUUAACAUUUGAAAAUAUAAAUAUAAAAAGCACAACAAGAUGUAGUGGAACAAUGACAAGGCUUAAUAUUUCUUUCAAUUCUGUAGAAACGUUUGUGCAAAUUAAGUAAUUCUUCUGAAAUGAUCAUUUUACAGCUAUGUUCAAUAAAGCCUCUUUCCAGGUAAGGUAUGUUAAGAUGUAUGUGUGUUUGUAUGUAUAUUCACUUCUUCACCAAGCUAAUUCUUUUUUAUUCAAUAUAUUGUCAUUGGAUAUAUCUUUGCACUUCAUAUAACUUGAUGUUUAAAGACAAGAAUUUUAGAAAAAAUUUUUAAUGCUUUUGAAAAUGUCAGUUCUUUCUACGUGACAAAUUGAUAAAAUGCUUUUUCAGUGGUACUAUAUCUGGCAAAAAUGAUAUCUUACUUUAUACUCAUAUUUGACUAAGGAGAGAAUCAUUAUAAAUCUUUAACAAGUAUCUAAACUGAACUGUUAAAAAAAAUUGAAAUGUUAUAAAAAAAACAAUUUGACUCCUUUAAAUUGAAAUGAAAAUUAUUUUCUUUCCAUAUCAUUAAUCUACAUCAUUAAUGAUAGAUCCAUGCAUCUAAUUACUCUUUUAUAAUAGCAAUUAAAUAUCAUUUUCAUAUUGCUUUCCAUCCAAUGACUUCUUUUUUCCUUAGUUAAUUAAAUUGGCAAGAAAUCACUUUAUGACAGAUAUCAUGAGACUUAAAUAGACUACUUUUUUUUGACAGACAUUUCCCUUUAAUUUUAGCCAACAAAAUUGAUUUUAUUUAUUAAAAAACUUGUAGUAAUAAGAAUCUUUUCUUGGACCAUCAAAAAAGCCUUAUAAGGCAAUAAAAUUAUAAAAUUGGAGGUGGUACUUUUAAAAAUACACAUGUACCAAACAAAAUACCAGUAAAACAAAGAUAAUGUAGAAUAUGUCAGAGUACAGGGCCCUGAAUAUCUUAGCUAGACUAGAAACAAAUAAGAAUCUCCUUUCAAAUCAAAAUUAUAGUUUAAACACUUUAAAAGCAUAGAAAUAGGAAACAAGAAACAUUUUCUUGGAAAAUAACAGUAAGUAUACCCUCUUAAUAAUUUAACCUAUUCUUAUUUUUCUAAAUAACAAAGAUUUUAAUGUACAUGGUAUAGUUGAACUGACCAACAAGAUUAUGAUCCUUGGUGGUGAGAAAUAAUAUAUAAAAAGGUUAAAUUUUGUCUGAAGCAUUUUUAUUGUGUGAAAAGUCUUAACAGGGACUUUUGAGGCCAUAUCAUUAGGUUUCCUGGGUAUACGUUUAUAGCUGUAAUUUCUAUAUUUAGUUGUGGUGUUUAACUUGGAUAUAAUUUGAUAUAUAAUUAAUCUUUUUAAAGUGACAGAAAUGAAAUGAUAUCUAAUUUGGUUAUUGUUCAUCAAAAGGAAGCAAGUAAGAUAAAUACUGUAUGUAUAUGUGACUAUAUAUACAUAUAACAUUUUCAUUGACUAUGCUAUGUACUAGUGUCACUCACUAAUCUCUUUUCCUUUCUCUUCCUCUCUGGCCCUCCAAUCUAGACAUUUAACUCCAGUUUUUCUUUUCUUAUUUUUUAAAAUAUAUAUAUCUAUUUAGCCCUGUAUCCCUUCUUUCAUUAUGUCAUUUGCUAUCUAUUCUCAUAGCUAUUUAAAAAAAUAAACUGUGGCUCUUAUACUAUUGCAGCUAUAUGGUAUAUCAUAAAUGUAGUGUAAUAUAUCACAAAAAAUUAUUUUAAGACAAUUUGUUUGGGAUGUGCCACAAUAGCAUAAUACGCUAAAACUCUUAAGUUACUUCCCAUUGAUCAUUAAAUUGCCUUUAAAUGGCAAUGAGUUCUGAUGAUUAAAACCACUUGGGUUUGGAUUGCAAAUAAGCUAACAUUGCAUUAUAUAUUAGCAGUGUAAUAAGUCAUCCUAUGCCCAUUUUACAAUUUAACAAAAUCCAAAAUCUAAUGGUACUAGAUUUUCACCAACCAUACAUUUGGAUUUUAGAAGACAUAUUAUUGUCAUGUUUUAAUAAAUAAAAAAGUUUAACAUUUGAAAAACAGAAUUAAUUUAAUACCACAUUUAUGGAUUUGAAAAAUUUAUAUAGAUUUUAAAGAGUUUAAGUUUUAUUAUUGGUCCUUUAUAAUAAGAUAUUUGGAAGAAAUGGAGAAAAUCUGAUGUUCUCUUUUAUUUUAGUGAAUAUUUUUAGGUAUAUAUUCAUUAUCAUAUGUAUUUUUUUAACUGUGCCUUUUGAUAGUGUGAGGUAUCAUAGCACUUCAAGCCUAAGCAAGCUUAUCCCCAAAUCCAUUUGCCUAAUUGGCCAGCAAAUACACCUUUCAAAUUAUUUCACUUUGUACUAUAAAGCAAAGAGUUUACUCUGGUGCUGCUGGAUGACUGAAGUCAAUUAGUAAUUAAUUAAUUUAUUGUGAAAACAAAAAUAUAGAAGUUAUUUAACUCUUGCCUUUUUUCCCCUCCAGUGUUUCCUUUCUAACUGUCAACAAUUUAUGGGUUUUCAUGUGGUUAGUUUUUAAAAGUAUUGCCCAUAAUACUUCAAAUUUCAACUUAUAAGAAAAAAAAAAGCUAUGAUGUAAUAUGAGGAUUCUUCUCUAUCCCCCCAUUCCCACCCCAGGCAACAGAAGAUUCAACUGCAACAUCAGAUGUAAUAUUGGGAUAAAUUUCUGUAGGACUUAUAAGAAAGAUGGAAAUGCUAAUUACAUGGAAGUGGGGAGGGGAAAAAGAAUUCUAAAUCAUAAAUAAUUAUAUAGAAAAAUAGUGAAAGGAUGAAUAAUGAAAAAAUUAAAAUCCAUGAAUGUACUACAAAUUAAAUAGUAGAUUUUCCUACCA